GUUGGUUGAUAUGAAGAAAUUGUUUGCAGAUUUGACACUAAAUAUUAUUGUUCGAAUGGUGGCUGGGAAACGAUACUUCGGAAAGGCCGAUGCAGACGAGGCGGUGAGGUGGCAAGAAGGAGUUAGAAAUUUUUUUCACUACAUGGGAUUAUUUGUGGUGUCAGAUACAUUUCCCAUUCUUGAGGGUUUGGACUUGCAGGGAUAUGAGAAAGCCAUGAAGAAAACAGCCAAAAACUUGGAUUCUAUAGUUGAUGGAUGGUUGAAGGAGCAUAAGAAGAAGCGAUCGUCUGAUGAGUAUGCCAAGACCAACAAGGGUGAUCAAGACUUCAUGGACGUUAUGAUAUCUAUCAUGGAGGAUUCAAAGUUCUCAUCAACAGAUUAUGAUGCUGAAACGGUCAUCAAAGCUACUUGCCUUAAUAUGAUUCUAGGUGGCAAUGACACUACUGUGGUUACUUUCACUUGGGUCCUCUCAUUACUCCUCAACAAUCCUCACGUUUUAAAAAGAGCCCAAGAUGAGUUGGACAUGCACGUUGGCAAGGAUAGACAAGUGGACGAAUCAGAUAUAGUUAAGUUGGGAUAUCUCCAAGCAAUAGUCAAGGAAACAUUACGACUCUACCCUGCAGGUCCACUAUCUGCUCCACAUGAAGCCAUAGAAGAGUGUACCAUUUCUGGUUUUCACAUUCCAGUAGGAACCCGUAUAAUUCCAAAUCUCUAUAAGAUUCAAAGGGAUCCAAGAAUAUGGUUGGAACCAUUUGAAUUUCGACCAGAGAGGUUUCUCACGAGCCAUGCCGAUGUCGAUCUUCGAGGUAAGCACUUCGAGUUCAUCCCUUUUGGCUCCGGCAGGAGAAUGUGUCCUGGGAUUUCAUUUGCUCUUCAAGUCCUGCAUUUGGGUCUGGCUCGUUUGCUUCAUGGGUUCGAGUUUGCAACUCCUUUGAACGCACCAGUGGAUAUGACAGAGAGCCCAGGGCUGACCAACCUCAAGGCAACACCACUUCAAGUCCUUCUCAGCCCACGUCUUCCUCCUAAAGUUUAUGGAUAAAAUCUUGCUAUAGAGAAUAUUCAG